CUUUCUGCUCAGGCGGGCGGGGCUCGGCUGCAGGCGGGCUCGGGACCCGGGUCUUCUGCCGCAGCUCAGAGAAGCGGGUCAAUACUGGACCGUUUGCGAACCCGCGGGCCUCUGGCCCCUGCAACAGGCAGCUUGGCAGAGACUUGGGAGGGCCGGUGCGCUCUGGGCUGGGGUUGGGACUGGGUUUGAUGCUGUUGGUGGAAUGAACUGUUUCUCACUGCGUCCACUUUUAUGCUUCUGACCUCCCUCAGCAGUGGUCUCGGGGAAAAGGUCGUUGUCCGGCACAGAUACGUUUGUCCGAGGGAGCAGUGGAGAUUCGGGUGGAGGCAUAACGCCUGGGGCUUCCAAUGAUACUCUGGGCAGAGAUGGAAGCCUAGAUGCCUCACCGUAAGGAGCGGCCGAGUGGGUCCUCGCUUCACACUUACAGCAGCGCCGGCACCGUGGAGGGAGGAAACAUGUCCCGGCUGUCUCUCACCCGGUCGCCUGUGUCUCCCCUGGCUGCCCAGGGGAUCCCACUGCCAGCUCAGCUGACCAAGUCCAACGCACCUGUGCACAUCGAUGUGGGCGGCCACAUGUAUACCAGCAGCCUGGCCACACUCACCAAGUACCCCGACUCCAGAAUAAGCCGCCUCUUCAAUGGCACUGAACCCAUCGUUCUGGACAGUUUGAAACAGCAUUAUUUCAUUGACCGGGAUGGGGAGAUUUUCCGCUAUGUCCUGAGCUUCCUGCGGACGUCCAAACUGCUGCUUCCGGAUGACUUCAAGGACUUCAGCCUGCUGUACGAGGAGGCGCGGUACUACCAGCUGCAGCCCAUGGUACGAGAGCUGGAACGCUGGCAGCAGGAACAGGAGCAGCGACGCCGCAGCCGGGCCUGUGACUGCCUGGUGGUGAGAGUCACACCGGACCUGGGGGAGCGCAUUGCGCUCAGUGGCGAGAAGGCCCUCAUUGAGGAGGUCUUCCCCGAGACCGGGGAUGUCAUGUGCAACUCCGUCAACGCAGGCUGGAACCAGGACCCCACGCAUGUCAUCCGCUUCCCUCUCAAUGGCUACUGCCGGCUCAACUCUGUGCAGGUCUUGGAAAGGCUCUUCCAGAGGGGUUUCAGUGUGGCUGCAUCCUGCGGAGGUGGGGUGGACUCCUCCCAGUUCAGCGAGUACGUGCUUUGCCGGGAGGAGCGGCGACCACAGCCCACCCCUACUGCCGUCCGGAUAAAGCAGGAGCCCCUGGACUAGGCCCUGCCUCAGUGCCCACCUAAGGCCCCUUGAGGCCUGGUGUCGCUCCCAGAGACCUGGAAACAGUGCUGGGGAGUCCUGCCUGUGUACUUAGCAGUGGGCUCGAGACAGAGGGUGGGGCUGGAGGGUCCAUUGCCAUCCCAGGGCACACCAGGCCCCCAGGUGUCAUGGCAACAGAAGGUGGCAGGCUGAAGGCCUGCCCACUGAAGAACUGUUGUGACCAGAGAUGCCACAGCCAGAACUCCGCUGCCAGCUCUCCCAGUCCCGUGCUCUGUGGUCGGUGCGGAGUCUUCUACUUGCUGAGGCAGAAUGAGUGGAGGCAUCCCCAGCUAUUCCUGAGCAGCUGUUUAUCCUUCUCCGCGUGUGGCAGACUCUUGGCGGGUCUCCUUGCAUCAGAGAUGGCCUAUUUUUCUAUAGUAUUUAAAAUGGAAGUAACUGUCACUGCACAAGGCAGCAAGGCCGCCAAGGACCCAUGCUUCUUCAUCUGGUGCUCAGUUCUCAGUCAGAUAAUGCAGCAGGCCCAUGAGGUGGAUGAGCUGUGGGGCCCCCAGGCCCAGGUGCCUGUAGAGCUAGGGCUGGGGGGACGGAUGUGGGCAGGAUGGUGCUGUAGGAGCUGAGGCAGGGGCCUCGGGCAGGGCUGCUGGGAGGAGGGGUGGAGCGGGGGUCAGAUGGCCCACAUGACUAUCUCAGACCCUCUCCUUUGCUGCCAUCCAAGGCUCAGGCUGCGCUCAGCAGGUCACCUGCCCUGCUCAUGCCCAGGAGUUUCCAGUCCUGUCUGUGUGCUCGCACCUGGGCUCAUCUGUCCCCAUCAGGACCAGCCAUGGGGGCUGCACCUUACCUCAAGAAUGGGCCUCACCAUGAAGGGGCCCAUCUGUCAGCAGCAUCCUCUGGGUCCCCAGCUCAGGGAGCCACCCCAGCUCCAGUUUUCCCACACUAAUAUGCACACUGAGUUUUAGUUAAACUUGUUAUACUAGCCUGGCGGUAAAACCUGGACACAGGCAUACCUAGCGCUCUUGACCCUGGAUUCCAGGGAGGACUGACCCUGAGGGGAUCCUCAUAGACCUGCUGCCUCCCAGACAACAGGCUCAAAGACGGAUACCUUGGGCCUUGUCAAUCUUCCCAAGUGCUGGCCCCUCCUGGAUGGGGAAAAUGCAGAGGACUGGUGGGUGGGGAACCUGGGCCAGCACCCUGUGUAUAAUGCCUGUAGACUUGUAUAUGACUCCUUUAAUAUUGUAAAGAUGCUGAUGUACAAUUGUGUGUUUGUGCAAACACAUUACAUUCCUAGUUCAUGCCAUAAAUAAUGCUAUGAAGCAAAAGACUGAGGCUCUGUCCUAUGCAGAAGAAGUAGCAGUUGGAUUCCCACAUUUGAUGUGCAGGGAGGUUUGGGGGUGGAAUUUCUGCCUCGGUUCCUUCAGUUCAAAGCCAGGAAGAACCAGCAGCAGUGGCUGGGAGAGGGGCGGGACUAGGGUCCUGAGCUUGGUGUUAUUUAUUGCAUUUGGGUAUUUCUUUGUUGCUUCUGCCUGUCCCCUCUGGGCAGCACAGAUUCUGAAUCCUGAUUCACAAUCCCUAACCAGAUGUGAACAGGAAAAGGCAGACAGGUUUCAGGGGUUUUUGAACCCAGUCUUAACUGUGGGGGAUUUUCUUUCUCACCAUCUUUUGGUUGCAGGUAAUGUUCUCUUUAGAACACACACAAUGGUAUAAGAAGGUAGCAGGCUGUGGCUUAGGCCAGUCUGGGGGACAAGCCACGUGGCCAACUGAAGAUCAGCUGAGCAAACAAUCUCUGUGACUUUCUAAGGGAAGGGUGUGUGUCGUGUAAACCCCCAAUUUUAAUGAGUCUGUAUUUCUACUUGAGCGUUUAUGUUCUAACCCAUGAGGACCCUUUUACAUACCUGCUGAGGGCCACCAGCCUCUGCCUGCCUCAGGGCAUGAGAGCAAUGAGCAGCGGCUUCACCUCAAGGCCACAAAGCAGAUGCCAGCCCACUGUACAACCUAAUUUGCUGGACAAACUUGCUAGGCUUCUCCACUCAAUGCACCUACAGUUGGCACCUCUGCAUUUGGCAUCAGGCUUACAGCUGAGAGGAGGAGAAAGUGUUGUGUUCAUUAGAAAGGAAGUCUUGUGAAAACAGCUCAAUGCUGCAAAUGUUUAUAGAUUUUUCUGGCAUCAUAGCCAGCAUGGGUGCUGAUGGUUGGAGACUACCAUUCUCAAGCCAUCUUUUUGUGCUAAAAGAAAGUGGGGGGGGGGUAAUUCUACCUAACCAAAUGUGACCAAUUUCUUUACUUUUAAAGUAAAAGCAAGUAGUACGAUUUUACAUCGGCUGGGGGAUUUCUGAGUUUGUAGGGAAAUACUACCCAUGAUGCUACCAUUCCAAUAUACUUACCCUCCACAGACAAUAACUACGAAGUAUCUGUUCCUUAAAGCAUUUUUGCAUUUCCUGGAAUGGAUAUAAUCUUUUGAGGACCUACCAUCAAUAUUACUUCAAUUCUUCCAUCAACCUCAGGACUAAUUAUUCUUAAUUAAGCAACUGGACAGAGAGCUUGGCCAGUGCUGCUUCCAUUCCCCACCCAACCUCUUCCAGGGCAGAGAACCGGGUAAAAGCCACAGCCGGCAGAUUCUGCCACUGUCCCGAUCACAUGGGCUCAAAGCCAGGUCACAAGUAAUAAUAUCUUUUUAUGAAGUGUGUGUGUGUGUGUGUGUGUGUGUGUG